UUUAACUGUAGAUGCAAAUAAUCAGUUAACAAUUAACUGAUAAACUAUCAUUUACUAUGCAAUUACACACGAUAUUAUAAACUGGUUGCAUUUAUAUAACGGUUUAGUUAACCUAUUGAAAAAAAGUCAAAUCAUGAUAACAAUCGACGUACUGGGUUCUUGGUUAUUAACAUGAAUCAUUUCUACAAAUUGUGGUCAUAAUUAUAAUUUAAAGUCGUGAUUAGACUCACAAUCAAGAGCACCAAAUGAGCAUUAGAAAACAACAAUAACCUCGGUAGUUGCAUGAUUUCAAUUUGUUUUGAUGCUUAUUUAUUAUUCAGUUGAACAAUCUUUUUCGCCUUCCAUGAUUAACAAAUUGACUCUUUUUUCUUUCCUUCCUUUUAACUCACUCAACUGUACAUGAAAUUACUGGUGAACCAUCCCUUCCAGUAUAACUUGCCAAAAGCUCUCUCUCUCUAUCAUCAUUCUCCAGAAUAUUCUUAUUUACUCGUUUCAUCUUCUAUUGGAUUUAAAGUGUAUAAUGUUAACGGGCUUAAUAUUGAAAAGUAAAACAUGAUUUAACCCAAACUUCUCAAUCUCAAAGAGUAAAUGGUUAAAAUUAUAUUUUUUUAUUCCUUGCCCCUGAUUGUGUAUUCAUAGAGUCAAACUAUACCGAUCAUCAACAUCACCACCUAAUGAUCCUCGAACAUUAAAUCAAUUUAACUAAAACAGUUUAUUAUACCAUUAAAAAUACAGUUGAAAAAUAAGCUUAUUUACUCGCCUCUUCAUUGCGCUUUAUUUUUCUUGUCAACUUGAUAAUGUUUUGCCUCUAAUUAUUGUGCUUUUUUCUCACCCUGUUUAUUUACUCAUCUAAAUAAUCAUUUCACCUCGUUAAUUAAUCAUCCAUCAUUGGGAUCUAAUUGUGUAUCAGAAUGAUCCGUGUUUACUCACAUUGUUCAACAAACAAUAAACAUUAAGUCGACAACAGCCAUCAACACCAUUGUCAACGUCUUUUAAGCUCUCCAUUUUUUUCAUCUUUACUAAAUCAUAACAAACCUCCUAUCUAGAUCUUUUGUAUUGUUAAUAUUUUAAACCAGUGAAUUAGUUUAAUUAAAUACAUACCAAUGACUCCUAAAGCUGGUAAAGAUUAUUAUAAAAUUCUUGGAUUGUCCAAAAAUGCAAGUGAAGAAGAAAUUAAAAAGGCUUACAAAAAGUUGGCUCUCAAAUAUCAUCCGGAUAAAAAUAAAUCACCUGGAGCCGAGGAGAAAUUCAAAGAGAUUGCUGAAGCCUAUGAUGUUUUAUCGGACAAGGAGAAAAGACAAGUGUACGAUAUGUGUGGCGAAGAAGGAUUGAAAGGUUGCUCUGGUUCUUCUGGUCAUCCUGGUCACGGUGGAGGAACCAGUUUUACUUAUACUUAUCACGGUGAUCCAAGGGCAACUUUUGCCCAAUUUUUCGGCUCAGAAAAUCCUUUUGAAGCCUUUUUUGGUAACUUUGGUGGUUUAGGACCACAAGCUCAAUUCUUUGACCUGGAUGAUGAUCUAAUGGAAACAGAUGGUUUUGGACCAUUUUUAGGACCUCGGUCAAACACAAAUGGUGCUGGAACCGGAUCCAAUCCUUUCAGAUCACAUUCAUUUACUCCCGGUUCAACCAAUGUAAAUAGGACUAAAUCUGGUUUAAAGCAAGAUCCACCAAUUGAACAUGAUCUUUAUGUGACAUUGGAAGAAAUCUUGAAAGGUUGUGUGAAAAGGAUGAAGAUAACCAAGAAAAUAUUAAACCCAGAUGGUAAAUCGUCCCGUAAAGAGGAUAAAGUUUUAACGAUAAAUGUAAAACCUGGUUGGAAGGCAGGAACCAAAAUCACUUUCCAACGUGAAGGUGAUCAAAAUCCGAACAGAAUUCCAGCUGAUAUUGUUUUCAUUAUAAGAGAUAAACCUGAUUCACAAUUUAAAAGGGAAGGCGUUGAUGUUAAAUAUAUUGCCAAGAUAACUUUGAGAGAGGCUCUAUGUGGAUGCAUGGUUAAAGCUCCGACAAUUACUGGAGGACGAGUUCACCUUAAGUUAACGGACAUAGUUAAACCAAAUACAAUUAAAAAGAUUCCAAAUCAAGGUUUACCUCAUCCUAAAGACACUGACAAAAGAGGUGAUCUUGUGAUUGUGUUUGACAUUCAAUUCCCGGACUCUUUGACUGAAGAUACUAAACAAAUUUUAUGGGAUUGUCUACCUUGAUCUUAAACUAUUGAACAAACGUUUGCUUUUAAUCAUUUCUUGGCUUCACUCGGACUGUACCAUUUCAUUGGACAUACCGAGCUCUUGUAAAACCCUUUUUAACUAGAUUAUCUCACCUGUGAAACAAGCCAAUGAACAAAUCAAAACAAAUAUAUUGAAUUAACUUUUUAAAAUGAAAACAUCUAUCUUGUGAACAUAAGAUAUUCGCAUUGUUAUUAAAUUAAUUUCCUUUUCGCUCGUGUACAA